AGUUCCUUAGGAUCAGAGAGAGAUAUAUUACUGAAACAAUUGAAAUUAGCCCUAGCUCAGUCCAUUGACGACGACGUUAGGAACAUUAGUACAAGAGACAUUAUAUUGCCUAAUGGGAAGAAGAUUCAAUUAAUAGAUUCGUCUAGUAGUUUGACUUCUAAUUUACCCACUGACGGGUCAACUCUGACCACUUCCACGUUAGCACUGACCACUUCUACUACUAUUAAACCUCCAAAGGCUAUU